GGACCUCAGUCAGGUAAGAUGGCUGCUCCCAACCAAAUCGCCGGGGAGUUUGAAAACUGGUUGAACGAUCGGCUAGACUUGCUGGAAGUAGACCGAGAAGUUUACGGAGCUUAUAUUCUCGGAGUGCUUCAGGAAGAGGAGAACGAUGAAGAGAAAAAGGAUGCUUUAGAAGGCAUUCUCUCAGCUUUUCUGGAGGAAGACACGCUUAUGGAGGUUUGUCAGCAGAUCUUAAAACAGUGGACUGAGUGCUACAGCAGAUCAAAAUUGAAGGGGAAUCAGUCAGAUGAUGAGGUUCAGGCCAUUGCCAGUAUGAUAGAGAAGCAGGCACAGAUUGUGGUCAAACAGAAGGAGGUGUCAGAGGAGGCCAGGAAAAGGAAAGAGACUCUGUUGGCCCAGUAUGCUAAUGUCACAGAUGAGGAGGAUGAAGAUGACGAGGAAGAGCAAACUGCUGUGGGAAUACCCAGCGACAAAUCCCUUUUUAAAAACACCAACGUCGAGGAAGUUCUGAACCGCCGCAAGCAUCAGCGUGACCAGGCCAAAGAGGACGCACAGAAGAAGAAGGAACAAGACAAGAUGCAACGCGAGAAAGACAAACUGGCCAAGCAGGAGCGCAAGGACAAAGAGAAGAAACGCACACAGAAGGGAGAACGCAAGAGAUAGAGAUGAAAUGCAUCUAAGAAAACUCUUAUGGACUAUACAAUAAGGUUCUUUACAAUAAGUAAGAGAAAAUACAAUGCAACCUCAUCUGACAAUGUAUGCACCCAUAUCUUGGUCCGAUAUUGUUUAUUGGCUUGUACCAAACCAAUCACAAACCAGCAACUGGAUGAGAAUUGUAUAACAAUAAUCCAUUCAUUUAUAACAGGUGCUGACUGCUGUGUUACUUGUUUUAACAUUUACCAGCAGCUUUUGCCUUGACAGACUUUCAUAUAUCCUGUGAACCUGUUUAUUUUUAUAUUUUCUGCAGGCUACUUCUCAGUAGCACUCCAAUGGUUUUUAAUACACAGUAACUCAAGACACAGGAAGCACGCAGGAAAAAUAUUUAUUUAGAUCAAAAGCAUUUUCAAAGCAGCAUGAAACUAUUUGAAGCCUUCUCGUCAUGUAGCAAUAUAUAGAGAGGGCUCGGAGACAACCCAAAGAUGGAGACACAUAAUUCAUUAGGGGAAUUUAUCAACACGUUUAUGUACAAUUAAAGGGAUAGAUCACCCAAAAAUUCUCUCAUCAGUUACUCACCCCUCAUGCCAUCCCAGACUUACUUUCUUCAGCAGAACACAAAGAUUUUUAGAAGGAUAUUUCAGCUCUUUAGGUCCAUUCAAUGCAAGUAAAUGGUGGCCAAAACUUUGAAUCUCCAAAAAUCACAUAAAGGUAGCAUAAAAGUAAUAAAUAUGACUCCAGUGGUUUAAUAUACUGUAAGUCUUCUGAAGUGACGCAAUCACCUAUCACCUAUUAUAUCACAUCUAAGGACAUAGAUUUAACCAAUGGAGUCAUAUAAUUUAAUUUUAUGCUGCCUUUGUGAUUUUCGGAGCUUGAAAGGUCCAUUCACUUGCAUUGUAUGGACCUACAGAGCUACAAAUAUUUUUCAAAAAUCUUUGUGUUCUGCAGCAGAAAGUAAGUCAUACACAUCUGGGAUGGAGUAAAUGAUGAUAUAAUUUUCAUUUUUGGGUGAACUAUCCAUUUAAACGUCCCACAAACAGCUCUUUGUGAAUGUUUGUCUCAGUUGUGUGGUUAAUUUUUAUGAUUUUUAUGCUUUGCAGGACAGUGAACUUCUGUGAUGUCCUUUCAGGCAAGUGAGAAGGGUAAUGAGUGUGUGUGUAUAUAUACAGUUUCCACGCUUAGCACAAACAUAUGGCACUUAGCAGUGGUCAAAAAGGAUUUCCAAAACGGCUUUUGGAUUAUAAACUCAGAGAUGUGGAUUCGAACGGUAAUUAAAUUACCACACGACCUUGGUGUUUGUCAAAAAACAGUAAGUAAUUUGACCGGGAAUUUUCUCGCGGGAAGUGGGAGAAAAACACAGACAUUUCGGACGGCAAUAAAAUCACUGACUUCCCCCUGUAAAUGCUGGAAUUACCUCAUGACCCCAUGUAAAAUAAUUGCUGUCCAAAUAGGGCUGAAGUCUACAGUAACUCAGAUAACUGCACUGUAUAAUUGUGGUGAGAAGAAUAUCAUCUCAGAAUGCUAUUCUGAGACGCGGGUUGGCGCUGUUUUGGCGGCAUGAGGGGGAUCUACACAACAUUAGGCAGAUGGUUUUAAUUUUGUGGCUGAUUGGUGUAUAAUAUCCUGUAUAUAUACAGUUGAAGUCAAAAGUUUACAUACACCUUAGCCAAAUACAUUUAAACUCAGUUUUUCACAAUUCCUAACAUUUAAUCGUAGAAAACAUUCCCUGUCUUAGGUCAGCUAGGAUCACUAUUUUAAGAAUGUGAAUUGUCAAAAUAAUAGUAGAGAAUGAUUUCAGCUUUUAUUUCUUCCACCACAUUCCUAGUGGGUCAGAAGUUUACAUACACAUUGUUAGUAUUUGGUAGCAUUGCCUUUAAAUUGUUUAACUUGUAUCAAACGUUUUGUGUAGCCUUCCACAAGCUUCUCACUAUAAGUUGCUGGAAUUUUGGCCCAUUCCUCUAGACAGAACUGGUGUAACUGAGUCAAGUUUGUAGGCCUCCUUGCUCGCACACGCUUUUUCAGUUCUGCCCGCAAAUUUUCUAUCGGAUUGAGGUCAGGGCUUUGUGAUGGCCACUCCAAUACCUUGACUUUGUUGUCCUUAAGCCAUUUUGCCACAACUUUGGAGGUAUGCUUGGUGUCAUUGUCCAUUUUAUCUUUUUUCUGAUGUCUUGGCUGAUUUCUCUUGAUUUUCCCAUGAUGUCAAGCAAAGUGGCACUGAGUUUGACGGUAGGCCUUAACAUGCAUCCACAGAUACACCUCCAAUUGACUCCAAUUAGCCUACCAGAAGCUAACUGCCUAAAGGCUUGACAUCAUUUUCUGGAAUUUUCCAAGCUGCUUAAUGACACAGUUAAAUUAGUGUAUGUAAACUUCUGACCCACUGUAAUUGUGAUAUAGUCAAUUAAAAGUGAAACUAUCGGUCUGUAAACAAUUGUUGGAAAAAUUACUCAUGUCAUGUACAAAGUAGAUGUCCUAAAGACUUGCCAAAACUAUAGUUUGCUAAUAUAAAAUCUGUGGAGUGAUUAAAAAAAAUUAGGUUUAAUGACUUCAACCUAAGUGUAUGUAAACUUCUGACUUCAACUAUAUAUAUAUAUAUAUAUAUAUAUAUAUAUAUAUAUAUAUAUACACAUGCACACACUGUAUAUAUAUUGACAACUGUUUAUUUGAAGCUGCUACAUAUUGUGCCAAUACCUUUAGCCUUCUCAUGUACUGUCAGGCUGUACUGUAGGCAAACAAAUAUCUUUUGUGUCUAAUAACUCAUAACAGCAGAUUAUUUGAGCCCUCUUUUAUUAGAGAUACAGUAUUUUACAAUUUUGUAUGCUUAAACAUCCCAGAAUUGGUACAAUAAAUUAGAGUUCAGUAAAUGAACAUUUGUGUUUACUCUUGACUGAUGUGACCAGAUAAAGAGAGUUAAAAAAUUGGGGUUAUCCUUUACUCAUCCUCAUGUUGCUUCAAACCUAUAUGCCUUUCAUCCGUGAAACACAAAUGGAGAUGUUAGCCACAAUGACAGCCUCAGCACCAUUCACUUUCAUUGCAUUGGUUUUUCCAUAAAAUGAAAGUGAAUGGUAACUGAGGCUAACAUUCUAUCUAACAUCUCUUUUUGUGUUCCAAGGAAUAAAGUCAUAUGGGUUUGGAACAAUGUGAUUCUGAGUAAAUGAUAAUAGAAUUAAAAUUUUUGGGUGAACUAUUCCUUUAUCGUGAAUCACGUAGAAUAUAGUUUUCCUUUAAACACUUUAAAGCACUCUAGGAAAGCAGUUUUUACACUGUGUUAUACAGCAAAUGCAAAUGAGUUGGUUAAUUAUACGGACCCACCAGUCUAUACCACAAAUUAUGUUUCACCUGCAGAACUGGGAACUGCCAAAUUUAUACUUAACUAACAAAUUUUGAUUAUCUCUCCUGAUUGCUUAGAAGUAAACAUUUUGAUUAGAGGAUCUUUUAUAUAUCCAAAAAGAGCUUUAAAUGGAGCUCUGAUUCUAGAAUACUGAUUGAUGACUGUUGAAACUGUAAAAUCACUCUAGAUGUGUCCCAAAUGAUGCAUUAUACACGUUGCACUCAGCCAUGUAGUGUAUACAUUUUCAAAGUGUAGUAUCGUCCCAAAUGGAACACUUACAGUUUGUUACCUAGUCUACACAUUUUCAAAGUGUAGUAUCGUCACAAGUGGCAUUCACCAUUUAACAGCUGAUGGUUCAAACGCACCUGGUGUGUUCCCACUCAGUUCAACAAGUAUAUCUAAAAUAAUGAACAUUCACACAGUGUGGGGUGAUGGUAAAGCAUUCAACUCACAUUUGUAAGGUGCUGUCUUCACCUAAGUUUCACUAGUUGCUGCAUUCUCCAUUGUUUACAACUGUUUUGUCAGACCAGCAAUGCAGCCAGGUAACUUCGGACCCUUCCGCUAUGUACAGCAAGCCACGAGCGCUGAGUGUAUUAAGUGUCCAACAUUACAUACUCCGUUUUGACGUUUGAAGACGUGCAUCAUCCGGGUACUCGUAAUACACUUCUUUUUGUUGCAUUUUCAGUGUUAACAUUCUACUCGCACUACAAAAUUACAUAAAAUAGUGCAAAAGUCUGCUGUUUGGGACACACCUUCUAUUUUCUUAAUAUCAAUACAGAUGAAAUGUUGUAAGGUUAAAUCUGAUUAUCUACCGUAUCCAGGGGUUAAACCUGAGUAACUUCCAAAUUAUUUAAAAAUAUAUAUAUAAUGGAAAAAAUACAAUUGUGACGUACCCUCAGCAGUAAAAUUUGAAUGUAAUGUAAAGUCUGAGCCUUGACUGAUUGACUAGGUAUCAAUAUUGACAAGGGGAAAAAAUAAAGUUACUUGAUAAAUGUUUAGGAAAGAAUGAGAGUGAGAAAGAUGUUUACAAAUGGCUUUUCCAAAUUGGGAAGUUGAUGAUGACACUACUCUGUUAAAAAUGAUCAUCAAACAGUCUAAAAGUCAAAUUGAGCAAAAUAUCUACUGCAGCUUUACUGAAGUUUUUUUUUUUUUUUUUUUUUUGUGCAAAUGUUUCAUUUUGUACAGAUAAGGGUCUGCUUUUUUAAUUAAUAUGCAUUCAUUAACGGUGUAUUUUGAAUAAAAUUUUAAUGAAAUAAAAAGUAGUUUUAUGCACCAGUCACUGCACCAGAGUUUUGUGACUACUGUUAUGUCAAUUUUAAUAGUUCAACUUGAACAAAAGCACUGAAACAAUAAAACAGUAUGGGUACAAGUCAUACAAAUGAUGACAGUCUGUAACAUUUACAGAUAACAUGUUCACUUCAUUUAUUUCAGUCCAUAAAUGAUGCCAAUUUAAGCUCUUUAAAGGAGGAUAUAUGCUCAAUAUAUCUUCAAAUCAGUUAAAUUGCAAACACAGAUUAAUCACAUACAUUGAAAAAUAGUGAUCUUGAGUUGGCUUCUGACUCCAAAUCAACAAAUUGUGAAUAAAUAAAGGCAGGUUUAGAUUUACUGAGAAUAGAAGACAAAUUUAUAAGAGAUUUGCAAUUAUCAUUGUUUAUCUAGUGGGACCACUAAAAACUGCUGAUGCAAACAAAAUCAUGCUCAAAUAAAUAAGUAAAAAAUAACAGGACAACUUCAACCUUUCCUGUUGGUUAUAAAUACUGUCUUUGCUUUUGUGAAUGAGUGUAUCAGUGGACCUAGCUGAGGACUGUUGAAGCAGACACUAAUUAAACGGUUUAUUCAAUGCAGAACACAUAUUGAAAAUAAAGUUCCCUAAGUAACAACUAUUUAUAAAAUUUCAGGGUCAGUUAAGCAACAAAAUCCCAUUAUCCUCCAAAGUCCCAGAUCUUACUCUUGCUGCACAUUUUUCCAUUAUCACCAUUAGCCAGUUAAAAGGUCCUUUUUCUGAUAUCAUCCCUCUUCAUCUGUCCCUCUGAUAUCAUCUGUCUCUUACUGUCACUACCUACUGUAGAUCACUCCAACUCAUUGGUGUAACUGACAGUUUUUCCUUGGACAAAUACUUCAAUACUGAUCUUACAGCCAUAAUUCUAUGUACCAUCUCUUGGAGAAUUUAAUUGUAUUCUGAUUGGUGGUUUUCACAGAAGACUGAUAAAUAUUAAUGAACUAAGAAUUCCAUCUGCUGCCCAGAACUGAGACUAAUGUAUCACUAAAUUGAAAUAACUUAAAUCAUUAAUUCCUCUCAAAAUCCAAUCACAUCAUCUCUUGUGCUUUUGU